AUGGCGCAUGAGUUUCUGUGCCAUGAAAAUGAUCUUAGCAUCAACAUACCUAGCUCCGUUGACAAUCUCGAUGUCCUCUUCGCAAAGAUACAAGCAUGGCUUUACUUUGGGCUGAUCAGAGACGCUUUCGGCCCAUUGACAAGAUUCGAUGAUUUCACUGGCGUAGGUGAAAGCGGCCAGCGCAUUAUCGAAUCAACCAAACUCCGACACUACACGUCACAAUGGCAGAAACUGGGAGCCUGCUGCACCGUUAACGAGAAGCAUCGGCGCUAUGAGAAGAUAGCUUCAUCAACAGCCAGGGCCUGGAAGUCAUGCAAUGACCUAGACAAUGCGGAAGCACCGCAAAUUCCAAUGCACAUGAUAGUGCUUUUCUCGAUCAGGAUACUGGUGUCGACCCUCAGGGAGAUGAUUCAUCAGUCAGGGAAGGAUACCACAGAUUUAAAUAGUGCCUUUCGCUUCUCACCAGAGCUGGUGAGAUGGCCACGCGUGCCAGCAUCGUACCGUCCCAUCGUAUGUUUAAUGGUCGAUUAUGGGUGGUGCUCACACCAAAUUCUUCAGCUGCUGAGCACCUAUGAUAUCAGCACUGUAUGGUGUAUCACAUGCGUACAUGGCAGAGAUAUGCCAGGACUUGAACAUCAAAAAUGUGUUGCUGCGCCCAAAUGUAUUGCUCGAAAUGUUGACCCUAACAAAUAUCGUGCACGUCAUCUUACAGAGGCUUGUGGUUGUGAGGCAGUUGGACCAGACAUGGUGGAGGUCAAGUCGGUCCUACGGAAUGGUGGGAUUCCCCUCAUAAGAUGUACUGUUGGAAGGCAGGGCCAUAUCAGCUUUAAAGUCAUCCGUGCCGCGAAGCCGAAGCGCCACAUCGCCUUCAGUCACGUAUGGGCUGACGGAAUAGUUAUCCCAAAGGAAAAUAAAGUCUAUCGAUGUCAGUUCCUUAACAUGUUCACAUAUCUUCAAAGGGCAUCCCCGGAGCUCCGAGCCGAAAAGCUCCAUUUGCUGCCCUUCAAUUCGUUUCUUGCCCGCCGAGUUCUCCCACGACGGACAUCAUUCGACAUAUGGUUUGACAUAUUCUGCAUUCCGAAUCGGGAGACCCCCGAAGACAUGGAGCUCCGCAAGAAGGCCAUUGGACGAAUAUACCCUAUCUUCGCUGGCGCUGAGUGCGUGCUUAUUGUGGACAGGUCAUUGACCCGACUCGAUAGCACCGAAUUGUCAACCAUAGACAUGCUGGCCAGAAUUGUCUCAUCUGGGUGGAUGUCACGUUGUUGGACGUUCAUAGAAGCAUCCCUUGCUGCCAGAUCGAUUCUGCUAUUUUGCAUUGGCGACGAGCUUGUCCGCUACAGCGACAUCGAUCUGGCAAGAGAGAGCAAUGCUGUCUACAAAGCGCUCGACAGGGUGUCGAGAGGAGUCUUUCGCGAUAUCACUCAAUCGGCUUUGCUACCAUUCAACAUAGCAUGGAUGGCAUCACAGCCUAUCGUGAGUGAUAUCUCUGCUUUCUGCUCUGUCUGGAAUUCAUUGACGAGUCGAUCCACCUCCUGGCCAGAUGAUGUGUGGGGCAUUAUGGCAACAUUUUUGGGUUAUAGUGGGGGAGAGAUCAUGUCUCUGGCAGAGGAGGACAGGCUACCAGCAUUACUGAAGUCAAUGCCUGGUGUUCCAGCUUCUUUUCUAUUCCGGAACCUACCACGAUCAUCCUCUGUCCCAGCAUCGACUAGAUGGAUACCAACUAAGAUUGAGGGCAUUAUUCGCCCCGCCGACUCUGUGAUAAUUUUCGGACCAAGGGGACUAUAUCUGAUCAAGUCAAUCGGGAUUAAACUUCUGUUCUCAGUAAGUAAAAUACCUCCUCGAAGCUUCUCAGUCAGAUUUGUGGAUCAGCGCAUAACAACCGCGCCCUCAUGGACCUGCCUAUCAUGGGAUCUGACUGUUCAAAACUAUGACAUAUUUUGCCAACAUGUUACACUUGGGACUCAAGUUUGCGUUGUUCUCCACGUAGACGUGGAAGGCAGGGGUGGCACAGGCAAUGAGACUCACGGCUGGAAAGGUAUUGGCUGCUGCCUCCAGGUCACCAAGACCCACCCGAACGCGAUCCCUGAAGCCGAUUACCUGUCUUCUCUAACAUUUACGACAAGCAACGAGACUGGGCCAUGCAGCUUUGACGCCGUCUUUGCGGGCCCUACAGUUAUUGUCAACUGUGAUCGGGAACCGUGGUACCAGCUCAAGACAAGAAGGCAGAAGCACAAACUUUCACCAUGGUUUCUUGGUAGCUUGCUGUACUGGAUUAUACCCACCUGUUAUCUCUUGGUUUACUUUGCUAUAUUUAUACCCUUGUGGAUUUGGUAUCGUCAAGGCCAUGAAACUGCUUUGGUUAUAGCGACCCCUAUUAGUGUCGCCGGCUUCCUGCCAUACUUUCUUUUCCUCAAAUUCCUCGAGAACUUGCUGUUUCAAAAUUGGUUCGAUAGCUUUCUGCAUGAAGGAAUGCGGCAGCCAUGGUGGAAAAGGAUUAUGCCCAUCUGGUGA